CACGCCUCCUCUUAGGCCCCGCCCCAUCAGGAAGUACUAGUAUUAAGUCAGCAGAGCUUUCACUUUAGCAAUGCCGAGGCAAGGAAGGAUAUUACUCCGGGUUAACUUUGAAGGCAGGUGUCAUUUUACUGGUCCUCCUAUGCUCUUAUGGACUUGUGCUGAGGCUCGUGUGUUAGUCAUAAGAAACGGGACAGGUGUAAGUGUUCAGCUGAGUGCUGUACCUGUAGUGCUCUGAACUCCGUCCUGUCUGCUGUUUUCAUGCUCACUGGCGCUCUUUGAAGAAGAGGAUUCAAAAAUGGGGGAUACAAACAAAAGGCUUGAGGAGAUGUUGACGUGCUCAGUGUGCCAGGACAUCUUUAAUGAUCCUCGGCAGCUGCCCUGUGGACACAGCGUGUGUAUGGGCUGCCUGGAAAACAUGAUGGAUCACACCUCAGACAUCCCCUUCCGUUGCCCAGACUGUAGGGGAUAUUUUGGACAGAUCAUUGGGGUGCAGAAGAGCUACACACUGGCCAACAUCGCAGAUGACUUCAGGGCGAACAGGAGGAGGAGGGACAAGCAACCAAAACAUGUGUACUGCGACUGCUGCGUGGAGAACCAGACUCUGGCCGUUAAAACGUGUCUGAAGUGUGAGGUGUCGCUGUGCAAAGAGCACAUCAAGACCCACCUGGAGCUGCCGGUGUUCACGGGACACCCCUUGGUCAGUCCUUUGGCUGACCUCCUGGAGAGGAAAUGUCCACAGCAUGAGGACGAGGUGCUGAGGUACUACUGCAGCGUGUCCAGACGCUACAUCUGCAACCUGUGCGCCCUGGAGAGCAAGAAGCACAGCGUGGCCUCUGAGACCUUCACUGUCCUGCGGAGACAGCUGACUGAGCACAUGGACCAGCACUUCAAAACGCUGAAGGAGCAGAUGACAGAGUCCAAUAAGUCUAUAAAAAAACUGCAAGAAGCCAUCCAACAUGAAAAACAGAAAGUGAACCCUGCCAACUCGCCUUUCAGCAGUGUCACAGUGGUGCUGCUCUUCCUGUGGUUCAUCGUUCUGUAUUAUGCCUACAACUACUCCUUGGAAAACCUGACGCUGAAAGAAGCACUGGACAAACAGCAGAACCGAGUGCAUCACAUUUAUUCAACCAUCUCUGAACUCUUAGUUGAUCGUCCAACGAAGAGCCACAAACCUCCAGAGACAGACAAAAAAGUGCUCAUGUUGGAUCUGGACACAGCCAGUCCUUUCCUUGGAGUCUCGGCUGACUUCCGAGCAGCAGAGAGAGUGAAAACCAAGAUGGACUAUCCCAGCAGCAAGAGCCGCUUCGACGAAGCCCCACAGAUCCUCUCUGCCCGAUGCUUCUCCACUGGUACCCACGUCUGGGAGGUGGAGGCUGAGGGAUACUGGGACAUCGCCGUGUCUUACAGGAGCAUCCAACGUAAGAGCAAGAACAACAGUGCCUUUGGAAACAACGCGCUGUCCUGGAGCCUUACUCACAAUGGCAAGGGUAAGCUGUUUGCCUACCAUAACAGAGAAAAAACAGUUCUCCCUGGAACCCUGCAGGGCACUCAGAUAGCAGUGAUGGUUGAUAUUGAGAAGGGCAACAUCACAUUCAGUUCUGUGGGGUCAACCAUUACACAGCUGCACAAGUUCAAGGCUGAGCUGACUGAGCCAGUAUGCCUGGGUUUGGGGCUUUACCGUGUGGAUCCACCCAGUAGAGUCUCUAUUGUGAAAGCCUCAUAAACAAUCCUGCAAACUGUCCCAAUAUUCAAUCAGCACUGGACUGCCUUAAAUCAAGCUGUGAUGAAGGAGAACUAAGAUUGACUUGCACUAAAAGCAGAGAGGUCUGAGAGCAAAGACCUAACAUUUCCCUCAGGAAUAUAUUUUUAUAUUGGAAGCUAUUUUAAUGUGAAAUUUUUAAAUUUGCUUUCAUUGUGGACAUUUCUGUAUAUAUGUAAUGCACAUUAUUUUAUACAGAGUGUUUAUCAAGAUG